AUGAACGUCCUCAAACUCCAAAAGCGCUUCCCGCAGCUGGAUCAGGGCGAGAUUUUCUCCCUCCAGGAUGCAUUCCAUAAGCUGGACGUCGAGGAUCGCGGCUAUCUUGACGAAGCCUCGGUGAUCAAGGCUACCCAACAGUCUGAGAGACAACCCUACGAUGUAGUGCGACAGACGCUGAAAGGCGUAGAGCUCGAUAGCUCCCGACGUGUCGAACUCGAGGAUUAUAUCGAUCUAGUUGCACGACUUCGAACAGGGCCUGCCCCUGGUGCUCAAGCCGCCAGCCCCGCAGCUGUGAUUCAAGGAGCUGGAGCCGGCGCUGGCGCUGGUGCCCGCCACGCCUCCAAGCCUAGUGUCGGUGGUGGUAGAAUUCACGUCCAAGGCUCAUCAUCCAAUGUUACGCAUACAAUCAACGAGGAUGAGCGUACCGAAUUCACGCGACACAUCAACGCAGUCCUGGCAGGCGACCCGGAUAUUGGCAACCUGUUGCCUUUCCCGACUGAUACAUUUGAGAUGUUCGACAAGUGCAAGGAUGGAUUGGUAUUGGCCAAGUUGAUCAAUGACAGCGUCCCGGAUACUAUCGAUGAGCGCGUUUUAAACAAGGCAGGAAAAAAGAUCAAGCAGUUGAAUGCCUUCCACAUGACAGAGAACAACAACAUUGUCAUCAACUCUGCCAAGGGUAUCGGCUGCUCGGUCGUGAACAUUGGCAGUGGAGAUAUCAUUGAGGUUCGCGAGCAUUUGAUCCUGGGUCUUAUUUGGCAGAUCAUUCGUCGUGGUCUGCUGGGUAAGAUUGAUAUUAAGCUCCACCCUGAGCUUUACCGUCUUCUGGACGAGGAUGAGACUCUCGAACAGUUCCUCCGUUUGCCUCCAGAGCAGAUCCUGCUCCGCUGGUUCAACUACCACCUUAAGAAUGCCAAGUGGGAGCGAAGAGUCACCAACUUCUCGACUGAUGUCAAGGACGGAGAGAACUACACAGUGCUCUUGAACCAGCUCGCACCCGAUGUUUGCUCUCGUAGCCCUCUUCAGACAAGAGAUAUGCUUCAACGCGCCGAAGAGGUCCUUACAAAUGCCGAUAAGCUCGAUUGCCGAAAGUUCCUGACCCCUACCUCCCUCGUUGCCGGAAACCCUAAGCUGAACCUUGCGUUUGUCGCCAAUCUUUUCAACACACACCCCGGUCUUGACCCGAUCACCGAGGAGGAGAAACUUGAGGUGGAGGAUUUCGAUGCCGAGGGAGAGCGCGAGGCUCGAGUCUUUACCCUCUGGCUGAACUCCUUGGAUGUGCAGCCCGCAGUGAACUCGCUUUUCGACGAUCUGCGUGACGGUAACGUCUUGUUGCAGGCCUAUGACAAGGUCAUUCCUGGCAGUGUCAACUGGCGCCAUGUCAACAAGCCCCCUGCGUCCGGCGCGGAACUGAUGCGUUUCAAAGCUGUUGAGAACACAAAUUACUCGAUCGAGCUUGGAAAGCACCAUGGUUUCUCCUUGGUUGGUGUGCAGGGUGCUGAUAUCACAGAUGGUCAACGGACCCUCACACUUGGAUUGGUGUGGCAGUUGAUGCGUCGCGAUAUUACCAACACCUUGUCUGCUCUGGCUCAACGUCUGGGCAAGCGUGAGAUUACUGACUCAGAGAUGAUCCGAUGGGCCAAUGACAUGUCUAAGAGCGGCGGUCGUACCUCCUCCAUCCGCAGCUUCAAGGACUCGUCUAUCGGUACUGGCCUGUUCUUGCUGGAUGUGCUGAACGGAAUGAAGAGCAGCUAUGUUGACUAUGAUAUGGUCACUCCUGGCCGUACUGAUGAGGAGGCAUAUGCCAACGCCAAGCUCAGUAUCAGUAUUGCCAGAAAGAUGGGUGCUACAAUCUGGCUCGUGCCCGAGGAUAUCUGCCAAGUGCGCUCCCGCCUGGUCACCACCUUUAUUGGUUCCCUCAUGGCUACUUUUGAGAAGAUGUAA